AUGGUGACCGCGGUGCUCAAGGUGGACAUGCAUUGCGACGGCUACGCCAAGUGCAUCCACGGCUCCGUCCACCGCUACCUAGGCAAGCAACGCAACCUUUCCUAUCUCUCUGUCGUCGGUGCCACGCCAUCUUGUGAUGUCCGCCAGGGCGGAGGCUCUGGUGGGUGGAAUGGGAUGGAAUGGAACAGAACGUACGCCAACAGAUCGCCGAAGGUUGCGCUCGUGUUGAUUGAUUCCUUGGCAGGCGUGGAGGGCGUGGCGAUGGAAGUGGACAAGGGCUCCAUGACGGUCGUGGGCCGCUUCGACGCCAAGAAGCUGCGGGACCACGUCGCCGACAAGACCCGGAAGACGGUCGACCUCGUCGGCGGCGGCAGUAGCAGCAACAACAAGGGACGAGGCACCGGCGGUGGCGGGAACCAGCAGAAAAAGAGCCCCAACAAUGAGGACGGGAAGCAGGAGGGCAAAGGCAGCGAGUAG